AUGGGACAUAGUAAGAAACAAAAAUUACAUAAAAUUGUACAGAUUAUUAUUCAAAGUGAACCAGAAAAACUUCUAAGUACUCCAAACAAGAAAGACAUUUCAAGUGCUAAAGAAGAAUUUAAUUCAGGAGAUGAGAUAACCAGAUAUUAUAAUUCAACGACUAGUGAUAUGCAAAAUGUACAGAAUCAAAUGACCAUGAUCAUUCAAGAUAUACAAAGAAAGGUUAACGAAAUAUAUGUAGAUCGGAAAGCAGCUGGCUUUGGUAACGGUCAAGUAGAAAGUAAUACAAAGUGGAUAAAUGCUCAGCGAAUUUCACGUCAAGCACAAAGCAAUAUCGUACAGCGUAUUAAAGAUACUAUCCACAAUGAAUUUACCGAUCUUUCUAAACCAGAAAAUCGAUUUUAG